GUCCUUCUUCACCUGUCAGGUGGGUGGGACAUCAUGAGUCGGUGGCGUCGUUCGGUGGACGAGCUGGCAGCGCGGCGCCGGCAGCAGGGCGAGUGUGAGCGUGCUCAGGAAGCUCUCAGUCGGGUCACCUCCUGUUUCCAGCAGCUUGUGGCGUCACUCGGCAGCUCGGCAGACUGCAGCUUCUUGCGAGACGAGAUGGACGAGACAAGAGCACUCGCUCACCGGAUCUGCAGCGGUCUGUCUCGCCGUCUGGUGCGUUUGCUGUCAGACUGUGACUCCGCCCCCUCAGGUGUAGAGGACAGACAGGUGUCAGAGCGUCUGUGGGUUCUUUUCCUGUCCGUGCUGGAGAACUUCCUGUCUGAUCUCCGCAAGGCCAGGGAUCUGAUAGGACAGUUCCCUCUGACUCAGCGCUAUGACAGACGGUCAUUGGUCAACACAGGAUGUAUGGAUGGCGUUGUGGGUGUGGCAGCUCGAGUGGCUUUAGUCCAGGUGCCAUGGCUCACCUUGGAGGAGGAGCCAAGUCCUGAUCUGACCAAUCACAUCGCAGGACUGGAGUCCAUGCUGAGUGAGAUGCAGCUGAGGGUACCUGUCGCGUUCUGGUCGGUGGAAGCGACCCAACCAGCCUGGGCUGAAGCUCGCUGUGGGCUGGACGAACCAGACGACAGCCUGGAGGACCUGAUGGAGGUCGAGGUUGUCUCCAACAACAAGAUGGCCGUCUGUUGCCAGCCACCAUGCUGUGGACUGGGCUGUGUCGGUUAGAGGGGGGAGGACAGGGGAGGACGGGGGGAGUCACAACUCAAACAACAUGAUCUGACUGAUGAUGGAAGAGAUUUUCAUAGAAUCUGGAUUAAACUCGUUAGACUCUGCUCAUGUUUGUUUGAAUAACAAGAGUUGAAGGAAUAUUUUCUAUCUUCAGAAUAGAGUUUGAAUCUGGAAUAUUCUAAAAUUAACUCAAGAAAAAAAUCAUUGUGUAAUAUUAAAGUUGUAACAGGAAACAACUCAUAAAUGUAUUACACAUGUCUCAUGAUAGUUUUAAUUUUACAGAUUAUUAUAUACAAAGCUCAUUAAUUUUAAUCGGACAGUGAGAUAAUCUGAACUUCAUUACCUUUAAAUUAAAUCACUAAUUUCAAACUGAAAAUCUGUCAAAAUAAAAGCACCCGAUAUUUCACAGUAAGAUGUCUUCAUGUAAAAACUGUUAAAAACAUAAACCUUACUUCAGUUCAGAUUCAGCAGUGUCAUGGGAAAAUCAGCUGAUUGCAGUUUGGUGUUAAAAAAAAAAUCAUUCAAUUUUUCAUUUGACAAACUGUUUCAACAUGGUCUUCAUCUGAUCAAUGUUCAUAAACAGCAACUUCUGUAAUAAAUUACUUGUGACUGUAACAUGAGUAUUUGUCCUUCCUUCAUGGUUAGCACAGCAGCUAAUGCUCAGUUUAUCGCAAAGUUUAGUAUAAACAUCAGC